AUGGACAUGGGGAUGGGAUGGACGCUGGGAUGGACACAAGGAUGGGGUGGACAUGGGGAUGGACACAGGGCUGGGAUGGAAGCUGGGAUGGGGAUGGACAUGAGGACAGACGGACAUGGGGCUGGGAUGGACACAGGGAUGGACACAUGGAUGGGAUGGGGGUCCAGGACCUGGGACAAUCCCUGGGGAGCACAACAGACCCCAACCCAUGCCAAGCAACCAUGGAAAUAUCUCUGUGUGCCUCUGUUAGCAAACCUCUCCCCAAAGCCAUCGUGCAGGAGGGGGGGGCUCCCUCUAUCUGCUGGGAGAAAGGCAAAUUUUCAGGUUUUUUUACACUCAGCAUUGCCACAAGUUGUUCAGUUGGGGUUUUUUAACAGAAUCUCAUCAAAACCAGGCAAAAAUCCUGGCAGGGUCUAAACCUAAAGCUGUUUAUAGCUCACCAAAGCCAGGAGAAGUGUUGCAGAAAUCUGAGUCUCUCUGCACUAAACUGGAAUUUUGUGCUGUUCAGUGAAGUUCUUAAAUCCUCACAGGGGUGUUUUCAGUUUUUCCACUUCAGUAUUUUGGCAAUCAUGAGUUUAAUUGGUUUAUCAGGCAGGAAUUCUGAUGUUUCACCCCUUUUUUGCACCAUCCCUUAGCAAAUACAAAUAUUCUGGGAAAAAAAAGGGGUGGAAAAUCUUCCUUUUCAUAAAAAAAAGGAGGGGAAACACCAGAAAAAAAAACAAGGUAGUGUUCAUGUUUGUGCUAAUAUUCAAUCACAAAUGAUGCUGGGGAUUUCCUCAUCACAUGAAGAGGAAGAUUUUACAAGAAGAUUAAUGAUCAUCAGGCUGAACAGGUUGGAUGUUUGUUUUUUCCCUGAGCAAGGAGCAUGAUUACAUUUUAAUCUGGAAAAAUAGGUACAGCAGCACAUCUCUGUUUGGCUUGUAACUCACUGAGGAGCUUCUGGGAUUUGUUGUAUAAUAUUUGUUAAAUGACUUAGUGGGAAAAAAAAGGAGCGCAGAAGGAGCUCUAAAAAUUAUGAUGAGAACUCUUGUGGUAAUAAAGAAUAUUUCCUCAAAUGGAUUGGGAAAGAGAAGACGAGCAAUACAGCACAUCAGUCAUUUUCCAAAUGGAAAGGAGCUCCUUCGUGGUGACAAGAGAGAUUUUUAAUUCAAUUUAAAAAAAAGAAAAAAAAGGAAAAAAAAAAAGAAAGAAAAAAAAAAAGAGAGAUUUCUACAUUAGUGCUGUAAUGGCAGGUUUUUCAGAGGAAAAAGGAGGGUGAAAAUAAGGGGAGAAAAGGAAUAUAUUCUUAUCAUUUUUAAAAUCACUGCAGCUGAACCAGGGCCAGAUGCUGUUUAUGUCAGAAACAAAACAAAAGACAAAGGGAAAGCGCUGCAGCCCAGAGUGGCACCAUCCUUCAGCUGCUCCUCAGCCCUCCAGAUUUACCUCCCCAUUCCCUGUCUUACCUCCUCAUUCUCCUGCACAAAGCCAGUCCUGGCUGCUGGGGUGGGGUCUGGGACCCCCAUUAGUCUGGGGGUGACCUCCCACCGUUGGGGCCUGGGCUAAUACAGCCUCAAAAGUGCCCCUGUCCUGCCCUGAGCACGAGAUUGGCCCUUUAGGGGGGGAAUGAAUCCCUCUAGGAGCAGGUUCUCACUUUAAUUCACUCACCUGAGCACUCACCUUGAUGCACUCACCUGAGCAUCCUCACCUUAAUCCAAUUGAACUGAUUAAACUGAAUUAAUUCAAUUAAUUAAUUAGUUAACUCAAUUUGACCUGUUCCUGCAAUGCUGAGAAAUGUCCCUCCGGCCCCAGACAAUGCCGGUGUUUUUUCCCAAGUGCAAUAUCUCGUGCAGUAUCUCACUGCCAUCACCCCUGCUGUUCUCUCCGAGGUGCUGGCGCUGCUGCUGCUCCUGCACCCCCUGCUCCGGGGCCUGGCUCUGCAGCUGCACUCGGCUCUCACGGGCAGCUACGUGCCAGGGACACACUCGGUGGUGUUUGUCACCUGCCUCAACGAGCACAUCGCCAGGGACAUCGCCAGGUAUUUCUGGAAAGGGGAGCUGGAAGAAUCCACUGAAAUACUGCUAUUGGUGAAAACAAGGACGUCCAAAAUAGGAGAAUUGUUCAACUACGUCAGAUCCAUCCACCCCUUUGAAAUCCCCGACAUCAUCAGCCUGCCCAUCGAGCAGGGGAACCCUGCCUACCUCCGGUGGAUGGAGGAGAACGUCCCACGGCACUGAAGGGCACAAAGUGCCGCUCAUUUCUGGGGAGCAAUAAGGCAGCUUUUAUCUUCUGGGGUUUGCUGUGACACGGGAGCUCGGGGCUGGGAAAGCUCCACUCCUCUGCCUGCCCCUGAGCGCUGGGCAGCCCGGAGCUGGUGCAGGAUGAGCUGGGAAGAGCUGCCUGCACCCAGAGCUGUGCAUGAGGAUGCAGAGAUGCCCCUGUCCGGACACUCGGGGCUGUCAGCAGCGAAUUCCAGCCAGGAGCCGUGGCCUGGCGGUGCCGUGUGUCCCCACAGCCAGCCCUGACCCCGCCUGGCAAACCCCAGCAACACCCAGCAAGCCUCAGCAAAACCCAGAAAACCCAGCAAAGCCCAGAAAACCCAGCAAAGCCCAGCAAACCCCAGAAAACCUCAGCAAAGCCCAGAAAACCUCAGCAAACUCCAGCAAACCUCAGCAACACCCAGCAAACUCCAGCAAACCCCAGCAGGAUUCAGCCCUCCCUGUCACAGGGAGCUGGGAUGAGCUGGGUGGGCCAGGUCGGGGAGCCCAGGUGCCAACAGGACCACGGAUAGUGGUAUAAAGGAUAAUAGUGAUGCAAUGGUCUUGGGAGCCACUCACCUUGGUGCAAGUCCAAGUGAAAAUAAUGGACCUCUCACUAGUCCUAAACACAUUCACACUCUCAUCCCUGGCAACCCUCUCCACCCCCAUCCUAUUUGCACUUCUUUCCAACAACCUCAAGAACACCCCCAGCACAAUUACAAACACAGCCAAAACCUCCUGCUUAAUCAGCCUAAUCCCCAUAGCAAUCUACAUCCACCCCAGAACAGAAAGCCUCACCUCCUUCUGAGAGUGAAAAUUCAUCAUAAACUUCAAAAUCCCCAUCAGCCUAAAAAUAGACUUCUACUCCCUUACCUUCUUCCCCAUUGCACAGUUUGUGGUCCUGCUGGCACUGUGCCCCUACCCCACCUGAGCUGAGCUUUGUAGAAGGAUCCUCGUGUUCAUGGUUUCUGGGACAUAACUUAGGGGACAUUUUUGGGGUAUUUAUGUGACUGGGAGGGGAAUAAACAGGAGUUUCUUACCUGGGCAGGAGGAAAGGCCUGACCUGGGCUUGCACAGCUCACCUGGCACAGAGCACAGCCCAGCAGCACAACCCGUGCUAGGCACUGGGCACCCCAGCCCAAUAAUCCUCACACUACAGGAAAACAGUGACUUUGAAAAAAACCCCGCUUUUUAAUUGUACAUCAGACAUAUUAAUUACAACUCGGGUAUAAUGAGAGGUGCUUACAAGCAGCAACCUGAAAUCAGAAGGUGCACAGAGUUGUUAUAAUCUCUAUUACAGCGAAUGCAAAAUAUACUCUGCAACAAAAAUA